CGGAGGCUGCACAACAUUUGGGGUGCCAUUGUGUGUCCCCGCCAUAUUGUCGCCCUGGCUGAGGCUCCCAGGUCCCUUCCCUCGGUGUCUGCGUCCCCUCCACUGACGGCAGGAAUCGCGGGAGGACAGCAGGACGCCGGGUGACGGGAGAUGGAGUCAGUGACCUUUGAGGAUGUGGCUGUGAACUUCUCCCUGGAAGAGUGGGCUAUGCUGGAUUCAUCCCAAAAGGACCUCUACAAAGACGUGAUGCAGGAAACCUUGAGGAAUCUGGCCUCUAUAGGAAACAAACGGGAACACCAAAACAUUGAAAAUGACUGUGAAAAUCUCUGGAGAAAACUAAGUAGUCAGUUGUUGGAGAGAUUCUGUGGUUAUACAGAAGGUCGUCAGUGUGCAGAAAUCUUUAACUGGACUCCGGAGUGUGUUGUGAGCCAGAAGUCAUGUCCAAGGAUUCCCACAUAUGAAAGACAUACGAAUGGAGAAGUGGUUAUCGGCCAAUUAUCUCCAAAUGGCCCCCCUCAUCCUCACCCAGGACACAGACCCUACGGCACCCAGGAAUAUGGAAAAGAGUUGUACAGGGAACUUGGGAACACCUCCAGUUCUUCCACAGCCUUUCAGAAGCAUAGAAGAAUUCCCACCGAGGAGAAGCCUGAAGCUAUUCGAUGUAAAGAAGACUUUAGGUGUCUCAUGCCUGGUCAGAGCAGCGAGAAAACUUCCGCUGGAGAAAAGCACUACGAAUGUAAACAAUGCGGGAAAGUGUUCACUUCCUCCAGUUCUUUUCGAAGGCACGAGGAGUAUCACAGCCGAGAGAAGUCCUACGUGUGUAAGCAGUGCGGGAAGGCCUUCCCGUUCCCCAGCUCCCUGCAGAUCCACGAGCGCAUCCACACGGGCGAGAAGCCCUACGCGUGUAAGCAGUGCGGGAAGACGUUCGCGCGCUCCAGCUCCCUCCUGACCCACGAGCGCAUCCACACGGGGGAGAAGCCCUACGCGUGUAAGCAGUGCGGGAAGGCCUUCACCGACCGCAGCUCGCUCCGCUUCCACGAGAUGAUGCACAGCGGGGAGAAGCCCUACAAGUGUGCCAAGUGCGGGAAGGCCUUCGCCUCCUCGGGCGCCUUUCGAAAGCACGAGCGCACCCACACGGGCGAGCAGCUCUUCGUGUGCCUGCAGUGCGAGAAGGUUUUCAGUUGCGAGAGCGCCUUUCGGACCCACAAGAUAAUCCACUCUGGGGAGUGCGUGUGUAAGCAGUGCGGCAAGGCCUUCACCAGCCACAGCUCCGUCAAGUACCACGAGCUGAUGCACAGCGGGGAGAAGCCCUACGUGUGCAAGCAGUGCGGGAAGACCUUCCGGUCCCCCAAGCAGGUGCAGAUCCACAAGCGGACGCACACCGGGGAGAAGCCGUACGUGUGUAAGGAGUGCGGCAAGGCCUUCACUUUCCUGGGCUCCCUGCAGUACCAUGAGCUGAUUCACACCGGGGAGAAGCCCUACCUCUGCAAGCAGUGCGGCAAGGCCUUCCGCUCCUCCCGGCAGGUGCAGAUCCACGAGCGCACGCACACGGGGGAGAAGCCGUACGCGUGCGCGCAGUGCGGCAAGGCCUUCUUCUCCCUGUACCACCUGCGAAGGCACGAGGUCAUCCACAGCGGCCUCAACCCCUACGUCUGCAAGCAGUGCGGGAAGGCCUUCAGCUGGUUCAGCACCUUCCACAGUCACAAGCAGACGCACACCGGGGAGAAGCCCUACCUCUGCAAGCAGUGCGGGAAGGCCUUCUGCAGCCGCAUCUCAUGGAGAAGACACGAGAAGGCGCACACGACCGUGAAGCCCUACGCCUGUGUGCAGUGUGGCAAAGCCUUCCGCUCUCCUAGUUACCUCAAAAUCCAUGAACGAAUCCACACUGGAGAGAAGCCCUUCAUCUGUUCUCAGUGUGGGAAGCCCUUCCGUUCUUUCCGUUACGUUAAGUCGCAUGAGAGAAGUCACACUGGAGAGAAACCCUUUGUGUGCGCAGAGUGUGGGAAAGCCUUCAGCUACUACAGUUCUUUCCACAGACAUAGAAGAACUCACCAGACGGUGACCCUGAACACAGAGCUUGAAAAGACUUCAUAAUCACCUCCGUAACACCCGGAAGACUUUGUGUGGAGAGACUGCGGAGGUUAAGCGUGUGAGGCGCCUUCUGGUUCUAUUCAUGGGUAAAGAGUGAACUUUAGGCUUGGGGUGGUAGGCUUUAACCUCAAAUUUGACAGAGGUCGGAAAUCUCAGCGUUCAAAGCCAACCUGAUCUUCAUACUGAGCUCUCACCUCCCAGGGCUACACAGUGAGACUGUUUCAAAGAAGAGAGAGAGAAAAAGAAAAGAAAAAAACAUGUUUGUAAUGAAGAGCAAGGGUGACUAGAAGAGAUGUCUCAAAUGCUUUCCCAGUAAAAGUCUUUGCUUGUCAAAGCAAAAGAAGCUCGAGAGUAGAAAGUACCAGCACAGUCCUUUGAAAAUUUGUCGUAUGCUCAUUCCCAUAAAUGUCAGUAAUGUGAAGGACGAGAUACAGAUUUUUGUUUAAGAAUGCUCUACAAAAUGCAAAAUCUGAAGGAACUUUGUAAAUAUAUUGCACUUAUUGCAAUUUAUUAGGGAUUUGGUUUGUUUGUUUUUUUCAGAAAUAUUGCCAUGUAACCCAGGCUGACCUUGAAGCAAUUAUCUUCCUGUUUCAACCUCUAGAAUGUUUUUUUGAGUGAAAGAAGUCUGCUUCCACAUCCAGCAUCAGUAUUUUUUUUUUCCUUUUAGUUUCUUGAGGUAGAGUUUCUCUGUGUAGCCUUGGAACCUGCUCUGUAGACCAGGCUGGCCUCAAACUCAGAUCCACCUGCCUGUGCCUCCCUAGUGCUGAGAUUAGAGGUGUGUGCCACCACUGCCCCAAAAAUAGUCCAUUCUUUAAAACAGAAAAAAAAAAACAAAAAAGGUUUGGACUCCACUGGCUGGAGUUAUAGGCAGUUGUGAGCUGCCCCACAUGGGUGCUGGGAACCGAAUCCAGGUCCUCUGCAAGAUUAUUAUACACUCUAACCCCUGAGCCAUUUCUCCAGCCCCAAGAAAAAUAUCUUUAAGCUGCAUAUAUGAAAUGGUAGAUUGUGUAAGUGCAGGAAACCAAAAUUACCUUUAAAAAAGAAAAAAGGAAAGAAUUAAAAGCAAAAAGUGCACUAUCUUUACAUUUAUUUCCUAAGUUCUUUUUUUAGAAACAGUGUAUACAAGUUUAAUGGGUGAUAUCUUUUUUCAUCAAAAAGGUAGUUUAAAAAAAAAGUUUAGAUUCUGUACAUUCAUUGGUGAGAUGAUAGUUAUUUGUAAUAUGGCAGAAGACAUAAAAAGUGUCUUGUUUUCAAGCCCUUGAGACUAAUGAAUGGGUCAUGGAAAAGAGACUUUUUGUGAAUAUUGAGAUGUUUUCCUCUUGAUUUAUAUGACAAGUUCUUACCAUUUUUUAUAGUGUCAUUCUGUUUUGUGAACAAAAACCACUUUUCUAUUAUACCUUUUCGUUUCUUAAUUUUCUCUCUCUCUGAUGUUAUUUUCUAACAUUUCUUGUCUCCGUGCUCUGUAAACUAUUUCAAACCACUUGUAGAUUAACAAAUGUUAACUCUUGUCUGUUUAUGUCACUCUGUAAUCACAGAUCAUGUCACAUCUACGAGUCACUCCAUGUCACAAGCCAUUUUUAUUGUACAUAUAUAAUGUUUUUUUGUUUCUUGUGUAAAUGUUGUUUUUCGAGCUUAUUUUGUUGUAUCCUUGAUUUUUAUUGUACUUUCUCCUUCAGUCAUUAUACUGAAAAAUAUGUUGGCAUUAGCAGCCUCUUGCCAAAGACUCUAAGCACCACAUAAUAAACUGUACUAAAUCUGUCCAUAUAUAAUAA